AGUAUUUGCGUCCUGUUUAUUUAUAUUAAAUUGUUUGAAAUGAUAAGUUUGUUGUAAGUGAGCAGGUUAAACGUGCGUGCUCGCAGCUACGUCGUUAAGUUAGCGCAACUUCCAACUUAGCGUUGGAAAGCUGCAAACAUUGGCUAACGUUAGCUUAGCUGUAGCCAAGUAACUUAUAGCAACGCGUAAAACGAUGACUUUUCUGUUUCUGUCUAUCUUCCUGUUGGCCAGUUCUCCGUUUGACCCAUUUACCGACUUCCUUUAAUAGACGUGUUUCGGUUUUAUGAUCAACCUGAGUGUUUCCCUGUGUUCACUGCUCACCCCCCUUCAGCCGACGCUAGCUUUUCUAGCUAGCUAAUCGCUAACCUACAGUAUCAACAGUCGUCAAGGCAACGAUGAACAUCCUCCCGAAGAAGAGCUGGCACGUUCGCAACAAAGACAACGUUGCGCGCGUGCGGAGGGACGAAGCCAAGGCGGCAGAAGAGGAGUGCGAGGCCAAGCGGCGCGUGGAGCGUGCCGAGCAAGAGGCUCGUACAGAGUAUCUAAGAAGGAAAGCCAGAGCUGCUCUCCAGUCAGCAGGGGUAAAGAGAGAUGAUGAUGGUGAUGGAGGAAGCGGAGCUCUGGAGCAUCUCAAUCUUUUUCCUCUGGAGGAGUCGUCAGAGAAGAAGGGGAAUGAGGAGUAUCUCAAAGAAAAGAAAGAUGAAAAGGAGAAGCAGGAGCGUGCCAUCGGCUUGCUGGUGUCUCUUGGACCCCAGCCUGGGUCUGAGGUCACUCCAUGGUACCUGAAGAGCGGCCAAGAAAAAGAAGAAAGGAAAGAAAAAGAAAGGAGAAAGGGAAUAAGUGAAGAGGAGAGAGAGAAAAAGGAUCGUAGAUUGAAGGAUAGUUUGGACCCAUUAAGAGAUAUGAAGAAAGCUCUAGCUGUAAAAGACAGAAAAGAACACAAGAGCAAGAAAAAGGAAAAAAGAGACAAAGGGGAAAAGAGGAGCAGCGGAGAGAGCUCCAUAGAAAAGUUACGUGCUGAGCGUUUACAGAGGGAGGCUGAAGAACGGAGGCGAGCCCAGGCUCUGCUCAACCAGAGGAGCGGCAAAGGAAAGGACAAGGAGGCAGGGAAGGAGCUGAACGAGAGGGAAAGGCCGUACAACAGCGCCUUUUUCCCAGAACUUGCCCGAAAGCGGCAAAGGAGGGAUCGAGACAGCUGGAGAGAUGAAAUAUUAAAAUCAUGAACAGUCUUUAUUUGCUGUUUGAAGACUGAUCUGCGAUGGAUGGUAAAAGGACAAGUACUGUGACCAGUUUGUUUCCACACGUAAAAGCCCAGAGGAACACAGAAGGUGGGAAAAGAGACACAUUAUAAACAUACUUGUAACCUGGUCACACUGUUGUCAAAAAGAUGAUGGCGAGGCAGCUUGUGGGCCCCUGAUCAUCCGUUUUUAUUUAUAUCUGUGCAAACAGAAAAGGAUAUUCUUGCCAUAAGGUCAGAGGUGAAGUUCAGCUGCAGCUUUCAGUGUUUUGCUCAUGAAAAUGUCAGCAGGGCAGAUGGUUGCCAUCAAUGGGGGCCUUGAACCCUUCAAAAAAAAAAAAAAGAAAACACUCGGUGAACAAUUGUUGGCACGGUUUAGAUUAUUAUUAUAAACUGUAAAAAAAAAAAAAAAAAAGGUGAGCAAACGCCAGCACACACUGAAUGAACAGUGGUCAUAUAGUCACACUGGGAGGAAUAGAGCUGAAACAAUAAGUUGAUUAAUCAGUUAGUAGAUUGACAGACAGUGAAUCUGCAAAUCUGAUAAACAGAUUUGUUUCAGUCAUUUAUCAAGCAAAAAUUCCAACAUUUAUCUAAUUUCAGAUUCUCAAAGAUAAGGAUUUCCUGCUUUUCAGGCACAUAUAAGAGUAAACUGAGUCUUUUUGGAUUUUGGACUGUUGGUUUAUUAAAGCAAGCAAUCUGAAAAUGUCUCUUUGGGCACUGAAGAUAAAAUAGUUUAUUUUUUUUAUUUCUAAAAGCCAUUGAAGUCCCUUUAUUCCUCAUGUGUAGUUUUAAUAAAUCCAGUGUGACGUGA